CUCUCCGAGCCCCGAGCCCGACCCAAAAAAACUUGUCGCCUGUCCGUUUCAGCACUACAGACCGCCUGUUUCUGUCUUAAGCGCCUUCCAGCUGUGACGAGAAGAAAUUACGAGAAUCCCCGCCUGACGCUCCCGAGUUUCAACGGAGCAUUCAUUCACUUCCACUUUUUCCGUGUGUCGGCUACCUGCCUCAAGCGGCGGCAUACCAAGUAACACUACUCUGAUCUCCGUAGCAUCAUGAGCGCCACCGUCGUUCAGUAUCCCGUAGAGCCUCGCGUGACUCGGUCACGACUCGCUGACGAAGUCUCAGCUGCCAAGAAGCGCAGCGGUGCCCACGUGCGCGCGCCGUCGGAGCGCAUCGCGUUGGUGCUCGACAUGGACGAGUGUCUCGUACACAGCAAGUUCCAGAACGAGGUCGAGUACCGCCAGAGUGAAUACCGCCCGGAGCAAUUAGAGGAGUACAGCGACUCGUUUGAGAUCGUUAUGGAUGAUGGCGAGCGCGCAAUAGUCAACAAGCGACCAGGCCUUGACCGCUUUCUAGAGGAAGCCGCUAAGCACUAUGACGUGUACGUUUUCACUGCCGGCCUAGAGGCCUACGGCAAGCCCAUCCUAGACGCCCUCGACCCCAAGGGCAACCUGUUUGCAGGCCGAUUCUUUCGCGAGUCGUGUCAACAACGCAAAGGCAUGUUUCUCAAAGACUUAAACGUGGUGCGCGGCGGCGAUCUGUCUCGUGUUAUCCUCGUCGAUAACAACCCCGUGUCAUUCCUCAUGCAGCCCAGUAACGGUAUUCCUGUGCCGAGCUUCUAUGACGACGCCAACGACCGGACACUCGAGUCAUUGAGCAAAGUGCUGGCCAGUCUGCAGGAUGUUGAGGACGUACGCCCGCGACUGCACCAGCUUUUCCGUCUUGCGGACCUGCUGGCCGAGCACCAGCGCGUGAUCCUGGGUUGAUAAAGUUGAGUACAUCGUGUCGUCUCGUUCUCUCAUGGGUGGAUGGAUAUGAGUGGGAAUGGAUGGACCAAGUGGGGCUACCCUAAGCAAGCCCCCGCGUAUCAGUAACAAGUAUAUAAGCCAAGGUGCCGUGUAGUAUCGUGAAAAGUACGAGGUGAAAAUUAGAUAGCCGCUAUAUUUAAAAGCAACCAAGACGCCCACCGAACAAAGCGGACGGUGACAGCAAGACGCGGCCGUCCUUCUUGCAAACCUUAACAUACGUAGUAGCAUCCUCCUUUGUCAAAAUCAGUUGGAUAGAAGGCGCUUAGCCACGUGCCA